AUGCUCAAAACACUCACAUACAAUGGACCGGUUCCGAGGCCACAUCCGCCCUGUACGGACCCCACACCUGAUGAGCAGUACCGUCAGUACACGGAACAAAAGAUGCAAGAGUUGGAACAACGUCAGGAACAACAACGUCAGAUGGAGGGAGCUCCAGCAAGCAAUAAUGACAACAACAACAAUAAUAAUAUUGGUGCUAUGUUUUCAAAUGCUGCUGUAAAUUUUCGAAAUAUGGCGCAACAAAUGGCAUUCAAAGUGGAGCGCGCAAGUACUGAAGUAACAAACGUAACCGCAAGUCGAGUGCGACAACUGGAUCGGCAACUAAGUCUUGACCGCUUCAAGAACAAUUUCCCAGAGCUGACUGCAAUGGGUGAGGUGCUUCUUGCUGACUACUCAUGUGCCGCAAUGCACGCUGGGGUGCGUGUGAAUGGGCAUCUGCACAUCACCAAGAAUUACGUCUGUUUCAGCGCACAAACAACUUCUACGCUUGCGCAGGCAACCAAUACAGUAUUGAAGGAAGCUGGUCUUUCUGCUGGAGAUGGAUCCCCAACUGGCAUUCGUCAGGUUAUUCCACUUACCGAGAUUGCCAGCAUUCAACUCUCUGUUGCCCUUGAGACGAUUGAUCAAGGCCCACCAUUCUUUCUUCCUAUCCCCGCCCCCAACGUACUCCCCACGAGCCUGCAGUUGUACACAACACGACAGCAAUUAUUUCAGUUUCUUGAUUUUGAGAGUGUGGUGGCCAAAGCUGGGGCUGUCUUAUCAGAUGCCGUGAAAGGACGUCCUAUUGACCGCGCGUACAACUACCUUGAUCAUGCUUGGCGUGAUGCAACAAGUGUUCCUCUUCCAGGUGUUACUUAUGUGAGUUAA